AUGGGGCACGAAGAGCAGGUUGACAUGCCCAUGGUGCCCGGUGCGGCUGCUCAGUCGGUAGAAGACUUUAGCAACCUGCCGCUUAACGCGCUCUUGACGCACAAGAGCUGGAAGGCGCGGAAGGAGGGGUUUGAACAGAUACGGAACAGCCCAAAGAGCCUCAAGGCCCACCUACUGGAGAAGCCGAGGAAACUGAUGUGUGAGAGCAAUGCGGCGGCGCAGGAGGUACUUUUUGAGGCCCUUAGCGCGCUGGUGAAUGUCUGCGAUGACGAGGAGUUGAAAAUACUUGUGGGGGAGCCGCUAAGAGUUGUGAUUGAAAAGGGCAUUACCGGCAGACCGCGGGCGGUGCAUGCGAGCUUCAAAUUUGUGUCGGAUCUUGUUGGGGCUGCCAAACAAGCCGAGGUGUUUGAUGUGUUGCUACCAGCCUUCGCACACAAGGCACCAAAAAACCGUAUGGCUGCCACUCAGUUGUGUGCGCAGAUUGUGGGUGAAUACGGUGUGGCGGGAUUGCCCACAAAGGCCAUCUUAAGGGCCAUGCAGCCUCUUUUUAAUGACGCCAAUGCUCAAGUUCGCAAGGAGGCCUCAUCGCUAUGUUGUCAGUGUUAUAGAUUUAUUGGUGCAGGCAUCAAAGGAUUUCUUACAGAUCUUCGUGAUGUUCAAAUUCAGGAACUGGAGACAUUGUUUGAGGAUGUCAUUUUGGGCGAAGCGCCACGACGGAGUAUUCGUGGCCUUUUGCCUGCGGCUUCAACCAAGCCCACUGCGCUCACGGCAAGUUUAUUGAGCCACAACGGCAACACAAACGACAUCUCAGAUGAUGCGUAUGAGUCACACGAUGAAGUGCCUGUUUUAUCACGACUUCCUCGAAAUUUCUACCGCGUUGCUUUAGACAAGACCGCAAAGUGGCAGGACCGCGUUGCAAUGGUGCAAGACAAUCUCUUUCCCCUCAUUGCUGCAGCGAAGAUACGAGUGAAGGAUGACUACCAUGAACUUGCAGGCAUGGUACGAGAAUUACUUUUAGACCCUCAGGCCCCAUUGAUGCUGCUAGGAUUUAAAUGUAUUCAGGAAUUAGCGAGGGCUUUGCGAGCCGCUUUUGCUCCGCAUGCCCGCUCCUAUCUGAAUCCUCUAUUUGACAAAAUGAAAGAUAAGAAAACGAGUGUCGUCGAACACAUCACAACAACUCUUGAGAUCCUUAUGCGGUACAAAUGCAUUACACUGGAACAGUGCCAGGAUGAGAUUGAACUUACUUUACAAAGCCGCGUUCCGAAUCAGAGACUGGCGUUGAUACAGUGGCUUCUUCGACUUACAGUGAAACUGGACCGUAGUUGUUUUAGCCGGCUGAGCCGGGCACAAGUCAUACUUGGCCGUUUGAUGAAUGACGAAAAGGUUGAGAUUCGAGAAGCGAGUUGUAUGCUGAUUUCAAAGUUAAUUACAUUCCUGGGGGAAAUCAAUUUUCAGUCACUUCUCGCUUCACUGGAUGAAAAGCAACGUAUCAAACUUGCCACAGCUAUAAACAGUGCUUCAAAUAUACAGUGUACACCUACGAUUUCUCCGGCGAAGAAAACGUUACGUGUGGAGCGGCGCGAGGGCUCCUCCGUUGCGGUUUCACGGAGCCUCUCCAUUGGUGAAACGCACUCGCCUUCCCAUGUUAGUGCGUCACUGAGGGGACACCGUCAUUCUUCGCUCAUGGCGCGUCACUCAUCUCCUGAAUUGCGGCGGCAACAUCCCAUAGAUGACUCCGUGUCUUUGGAGUCAACACUCCCCUCUAAGGAAGAGGCGUCUAAUCGGAUGUUAGGUUUGAUGAAUGGGGAUACGACAGUGACGCAGUUGCUGCGAUCCAAGGAAUGGGGAAACCGCUAUAAUGGAGUCAUGAAGAUACGAGAAAUGGUAGAGAGAUGGUCAAAAAAGGAGUGUACAGAAUACCUAGAUACCGUUCUUGUGUACUUGCGUGUGGAUCCAGGCUGGCGAGAAUCCAUAUUUCAGGUAUUCCAAGGGUUGCUCAGCGUGAUUCAGGAGCUUGUGGUGCGGGCAACGGAGGUGAGCGCUGGGGCAAGUUAUGCCAUCAUAAACGGUUGUGUUUGUCGACUUACAGAACCUAAAAACAAGGCGUGUGUUCGUAACUUAAUGACUCAGAUCGCAAAAUUUCAGGGCAUUUCAUUUGUGACACGUCAUUUAAUGGGAGAAGUAACAUCUGUUAAAACACCGAGACUAAUGCAGGAGUGUAAUGAAUACAUGACACAGUUACUGCAGACAUUUCCAGCUUCCCAUGUUGAUGCAAAAGGUAUUAUAGAUUAUGUGAGGAUCCACUGCUUUGGGCAACAAUUCCCUGCAGUGCGUUCCUCCGGUGUAGCGUUACUGGUGGCUCUGAGGCUACACACCGGUCCUCUUGUUGAUAAUUACAUGAAUAAUACCAUUCCUGCACUGCGCACCGCAUAUGAGGAGGGUGUUUCUCACAGUAACGGCAACAAAAUGCCCCACCGUGGAACUGGGUGUGACGUGCAUCGAGCAUCUUCUCCCGUUUCCCCCUCGCGUAUGCAGAAGACAGAAAACAGACUUUCCGAAAAAGGAACGGGACAACACGGUGCUGUUGUAAAUACAGCACCCUCUCGCGUAGAAAACCGAACGGGCUUUUUAUCUAGGGGAUAUGAUCAGACACAACAUAUUACCGAAAAUGAAGAAAGCCCCAUGCGUGCAGAUGUUUCUCAUCAAUUAGCUCCUUUGAUUAAACAAAUCACAAGUGCAACGGAUUGGCGAAUGCGUUUAGAUGCUGUGAAAAGAGUAGAGGAAUUGAUGUAUGCUUCCAACAAAAAUAUUACACCAAAUCUGGUAACGGAAUUGCUGCGGUCGCUUCGCAGUCGUUUUGAGGAAGUCAAUAAAAAUUUUGUUAUUGACGUGCUUCGGACAAUUUCUUUGGUGGUGGAGUCGGCAGGCUCCGAGGCGUGUCGUCCAGGAAUGAAGAGUAUCCUCCAAGGAGUAUUAGGGAUGCUGGGGGACCAGAAGAUGAGCCUUCGCGAUGAGGCGACAAACGUGGCGUAUCUCGCCUUGGAUUGCCUGGGUCUGGACCUUGUUCUGCAGUGUAUGCAGAAACCUCUCACAUCCGAAUCACAUACCGCUCACCAAACAGCAUUAGGACUUAUUGAGCGGGGGUUUCAGAAGGAGCCGGAGGCGGUGGUGUCUAAGCAAUUGGUCAUUUCUCUUGUGCCUGCAGUUGUCCGUCUUUGCAUGAGUCGUAUUCUUGAGGUUCGCGUGGCCGCUGAAGGUGUUAUCGGCAAAUUUCUUUCAUUAGUCGGAGAUGAGGCGGUUUUGAAGGCCGUGCAGAGUCUUCGCCCGGCGGAGCAACAAAGUGUGAUGGCGCCUAUUGAACGACAGGUUCAGAUUUUUCUCCGGACUGCGAAUGAAGAAGAAGUUCGUCGAACGUCCACGUUGGCAUCCAUGAUUUCAGCUCAGGCGCCUGCUUCUCACACGCCCCGUUCACCGAGAUCUCCGCGGGCCGCGAGCAGGAACCUGAGUAUCAGUCAUAAGAGUGUUGACUUUUCUCAGAUGUCGCAGGGGGCGCCGGCAUCCUGCACGGCGUCACAGCGGACAUCUAUGAGCAAAGAGGCCUUGCAACCCUUUGCACCGUCGCUUGUACAACCAUCGGCAUCGGUGGCACAGAGUACACAUCCCCAGGUACGUCGUGAAGAGCUUCUAUCUAUGCAGGAGAUCAUGGUGGGGUUGCGAUCUGCCUCUGCGUCAACGGCAGCCAGUACAUGUGUAGAAUUCUUGGAACGGGUUAAAAAUGAUGGGGACUGUGGAACUCCCGAGAUAAUUCAAGUCAUGGUGGAGCGUCUUUAUGAAAAUAUUAGAUUUUUUGAUCUAGGUUUGGCUCUCGGUCUCAUCCGAUGCCUAAAGGCCAUAUUUGAGAGACCCCGUUACACCCAGUGGUGUCAUAGUAGUUUACUUUUUAGGAUACUGGGCAUGAUCUUUGACUGUCUUUUGUCUGAGACAUUCUCGCUGCAGGAAGAAGUCAUUAAAGCGCUCAACAAUAUGACGCUUAAGCUGUUAGAGGGAUGCCCUGGGAAUGACGUGUUCAGUGCUUUAAUGUCACGUAUGACGAGGUACUCCGCCAUAUACACAGAGAGUGGUAAGAAGGUUGACCUGAAAUACAUCCAGGUUACUGUGAAGUGCCUUAUGAGACUCGAUUUUGACGCCGUUUCGCCGGACAAUGUGGUCCUGUGCUGCCAUGAGUAUUUGUUACAACAUCCCCCCAGUGCCUUUCGAAAUCUGGACGAUCUUUCCAUACGAACCGUGAAAACAAUUUUGCAAGACUUUUCUAGAAGAUGUGGGCUACCGCUUCUUGACGUUUCUAAUCGACUGGUGGGAACACAAGACCUCGUGACGCAUUUCAUCCGGGCCUGUUUAGAGAAUCAAGAGCGCGCGGCGCGAGCGAUCAGCGAGAACGAAGAAAAGAAGGCGGUGGAUGCUAAUAUGCAAUUGCAGAGCCACCCGCAGCAACAACAACAGAAACAGCGAGAUGCGUCACCAUCGCACCCCGCUCGCACCCGGCGCGGCCAAAAUGUUUACGUGGAUCCGAAUGUUCCAGUCACGCCAUCCGAGGCACCGCUUGGCCCACGGGGAGUUGCGCUUGUCGCCAUGGAGGAGAAAUCCAUGGCCAGCAUUUUUUCUCGCAUUCGCAAUCACUUGACGUCCAAGCAGGGCAUCGAGGAGUUGUAUGCCUUCUUGAAGCAGCACCCCAAGAGUCCAGAGUUUGAACAGCAGUUUCGCCGAUGCUCCGAGGCGUUCCGUUCCUACAUUAAGCGAAAGUUGGACCGACAGCUGCAGGACGAUCCCACAAAACCCCCGGGGUUUUCACUUCCCGAUGUUCUUCGGCCGAUACCGUAG